CGAAGACUUGAAGACUUGAAGUCUAGUUUUCUUUUUCUUUUUUUGAGCAAAGAAGUCUUGUUUUCUUAUGUACCGAGAGUAGUGCAUACUCAUAUAGAAAGGAAAACAAAAAAGACUAUUAAUAUUAAAUUGACAUUUUAAUACACCUGCAAUUUUUUUCAUCUGGUGUUUCAAUUCUCAACCACUCCCACAUGAUAACAAACUGGCCCUUCUUUGGAAGCGAUGACUUUGACCGACAAGGGUAACCAACAAACUAAGAGCAAAUAAACGUUGUGACAUAAAUUCAUACUUCACACCGCUGCAAAAAUAACAAAACCAACAUUCUCUUUUUUCCUCCGCAACAGAAGCAGGAGAUGACGGAGUUGGCCUUAUCCAUUGCAGAAAAUGUCAUCAAGAAGCUAGGAUCCCUUGCUUACCAAGAAAUUUGCAUGUCACAGGACAUUGCAAGCAAUCUGACAAAGUUUCAGCUCACCAUGUCCACCAUUCAAGCCGUGUUGAUGGAUGCCGAGGAGAAGCAAGUCAGAAAUCGAGCCCUAAGUGUUUGGCUAGAGCAACUCAAAGAUGUCUUUUAUGAUGCCAUUGAUGUGCUGGAUGAAUUCGAGUGUGAAGAUCUACGAAGGAAAGUGGUGGAAACAUAUGGAAACACAAGCGAACAGGUACUUCACUCUGUUUUGCAUUCUUCUUUUAACCCUCUUGGCUUUCGUUUUAAAAUGGGUCAUAGAAUCAAAAAGAUCAUAGAGAGGUUAGAAGAGAUAGCAAAGGUUAGAGCUCAGUUUUAUCUUAAUGAGCGACUUGAUGAUAAGAGUAUUGGGCACAGGGAGAGGGAGAUGACCCAUUCCUUUCUUUGUGAUUCUAAUGUUAUUGGGAGGGCUGAUGAUAAGCAAAAGAUAGUGGAUCUUUUGAUGCGCCCAAAUGAAGAUAAUAAUGCAUUUGUGAUUGCUAUAGUGGGCAUCGGAGGGAUGGGCAAGACAACACUUGCUCAGUGGGUGUAUAAUGAUGAAAGGAUUGCUAGAAAUUUUGACACUAGAAUAUGGGUAUGUGUGUCAGACGACUUUAAUAUUUUAAAACUGGCAAAAGAAAUCCUUAAAUGCGCAGGUGGUAGAAUUAGUGAAAACAUGACUAUGGAUGAAGUGCAAGUCAGUUUACGAAACACAUUGAACGAGAAAAACUUCUUCAUCGUGUUGGAUGAUGUUUGGAAUGAUGAUCGUAGUAAAUGGAUUGAUCUAAAGAAUUUGUUAAUAGGAGGUGCCAAAAGGAGUAAAAUUGUUGUCACUACACGGAUUCAAGAAGUUGCCUUAAUGAUGGCUUCUGGACCCAUCCACAACUUGAAAGGUCUUUCGGAGGACGAUUGCCUGUCCUUAUUCUUAAUGUGGGCAUUCAAGGAAGGAGAGAAGCAACAAUAUCCAACACUAAUUAAGAUUGGAAAAGAAAUCGUGACAAAAAGUAAAGGCGUUCCUUUAGCUGUAAAAACUUUAGGAGGCUUACUUUAUUCAAAAUUUGAUGAUCGUGAUUGGAUUUUUAUUAGGGAUAAUGAAAUAUGGAAAUUGGAGCAAAAGGAAAAUGAUAUUUUACCUGCCUUAAGAUUGAGUUACGAUCAAUUGCCAUCAAGCUUAAAACAAUGUUUUGCUUAUUGCUCGUUAUAUCCAAAGGAUCAUAUCUAUUUUAGUGACGAGUUGAUUCAAUCUUGGAUGGCUAAUGGUCUUCUCCAUAACUCCAACAAAAAUCCUCAAGAAUUGGAAGAUAUUGGCCUACAAUAUGUAAAAGAGUUAUUUUCAAGAUCUCUCUUUCAAGAAUUUAGUGAUUUUGGUUACUGUUAUAUCUUUAAAAUGCAUGAUUUAGUUCAUGAUCUUUCAUUAUAUGUUGCACAAAGUGAUCAUUGCUUAGUUGAAAACACUGAUAACCGGAAAAAUUAUGAGAAGGUUAGGCAUGUGUCGAUUUUGGACUAUAAUUUGGGUGCUGAUGAACUGACAACAUUUUUACACAAGUUGAACAAUGGUGCACGAACGAUUAUUUUCCGAAAUGAAGAUGUAGACCCUAUUAAUGUUAAUGAAUCCUUUUUUAAAACAUGCAUUUCAAGAUUUAAGUACCUGCGGUUGCUAGAUUUGAGGUUUUUAAGGUUUGAGGUGUUGCCAAGCUCCAUUGGUAGUUUGAAGCAUUUGAGGUAUCUUCGCUUAAGGCGUAAUAAGCAGAUCAAAAAAUUGCCCAACUCCAUUUGUGACAUGCAAAAUUUGGAAACUUUGAUACUUGAUGGAUGUGGAGGGCUUGAAGAGUUGCCAAGAGAUAUAAGGAAGAUGAUCAGUCUCAGAUAUUUGUGGAUAACCACAAAACAAUCACGUUUGCUAGAAAAUGGAAUUGAGUGUCUAUAUUCUCUUCGAACUAUGAUCUUCUACAAAUGUCUCAAAUUGGAGUCUUUACCUGAAGGGAUUCAAUGCCUCACAUCUCUACGUAGGUUGGAGUUCACGUCUUGUGAAAGCUUGAUGUCUUUGCCACGUGGUCUGAAAUAUCUAAUUGAGUUAGAAAGCCUCAUAAUCUUUGAUUGUGGAAAGCUUAAUUUGAUGGAAGGGGAAGACUACCCAACGAGCCUUCGAUCACUUCGAAUUGGCUCUUUGCCACAACUAGUGGCUCUGCCCCAAUGGCUUAUAAGAUUUGGCAACACAUUACAGGUCUUAAUUAUUCAUUUUUUUGAGAACUUGGAGGCAUUACCAGAGUGGUUCCCAUAUCUCAUUUCCCUUCGAAAACUUGUGAUUUGGGCCUGCCCAAAAUUAUCAUCUUUGCCUGAGAGAAUGGAUUGCCUCACUUCCCUAAAAGAACUAGAGAUUGGAUAUUGUCUUCAAUUGAGAAGAAAUUGCAAGCGAGAUGUUGGCAAGGAUUGGCCCAAGAUAGCACAUGUUCCUCUUCUUAAAAUUGUUUGAAUUAUUAGCUAUAUAUCAAGUCAGCCUCGAUCGCAUCAAGGAAAGUCUCAACCUAGUUCAGUGCAUAGAUUUGUGUUUUUCUUAUGUUGUAAAUAGUUUAAAUAAAGCUUUGGUGUAAAUUAAGUGUUGCCAUGGUACAUGGAGUGAUGUGUAUAUGGGUCUAUUUGGAUACUGCUUAUUGCUGAAAACUGAAAACACUGUAACAAAAUAAUUUUUAAAUAUGUGAAUAAUGCCAUGGGAUCCAAUUUUAAAGAAAAA